UGAUUAGUGAACUUGCCGUCUGCACAAGUAAAGAAGGUUUUCCUCGGCACCUGCACUACUAAAGCUUCCUUAAUAAUUUCUCCAAGCUUCCUAGUCUAGAUAGUUCCUUACCCGCCCAUACUAAGGCAUGAUAAGCAUCUGCAACCAGACAAUUGCCCGGCAAAGUCCCCUUUUUUGUCAUAUCAGGGUCCCCCGCUUUCGCUGUCAAGCUCUCUUCCAGACCAGGUCCAGCAUUGUCAACAUCACCACAACAACUUUGACUCUAUCGGUUACUGUCCGCAAUUAUCCAUUUGAAACACUGCAGAAUCAUUCUCCUAGCUUUGUAUCAAUUGUUCAAAGUACCCUCAAGUCAACAGGAGCAUCGAUCUCACACUAUCGCACGAUGGCGUCGGGCUCAACACCGCAUCACUCCAUCCUCAAGAAGGGCCCUGUAACAGAGGCCAAGCUGCGUUCGAGGAAUUUGACCCAUUUAUUCGAGGAAAAGGAGCUCAAGACCCAGUCCGAAGGCCUCGAGAUGGCAAAGACUGUGAGCUGCAAUCUCACCAAACCCCCGCCACCAAACAAGAGCUUCAAUGAUCGCAUCGCCCUUUUCCAUGGCGACAUCACCAAACUCAUGGUCGACGCCAUUGUCAAUGCCGCAAACGAGACUCUUCUCGGUGGCGGCGGUGUGGAUGGCUCAAUUCACCGUGCAGCCGGCGGAGGCCUUUUGAGGGAAUGUAGCAAACUCGAUGGCUGUGACACCGGUGAUGCCAAGGUGACGGAUGCCUAUAACCUGCCCUGUAAGAAGGUCAUACAUACAGUGGGUCCAGUUUACAGCGAGAAACACAGGGAAGAGUGUGAGAUGCUGCUCUCUAGCUGCUACACGAGGAGCUUGGAGCUGGCUGUAGAGAAUGGAUGCAGCUCGAUUGCCUUCCCGGCGAUCAGCACAGGUAUCUACGGAUAUCCAAGCAGAAGGGCUGCCAACGCCGCCAUAACGGCUGUGAGGAAAUUCCUCGAGUCAGACCAGGGAGACAAGAUCAGUCUGGUAGUCUUUUGUUGCUUUCUGCAGAAGGACAUGGAAAUAUAUACAGACAAACUUCCCCUUUGGUUUCCACCUGUAACGGAAGAAUCUGGUGGUGUAAAGCCAAAGCGUAGCAUGCUCGAUGUCGGCGACGAUGAUGCAAAACCGCCCACGACGAAUUAGGCUCACGUUCAAAGGCGGAAGGACUCGAGCGGUCCUGUUGAGUCCGCUCCUGUUUCAGCUCAACCGCAUAUCCACAAGAACAUUACAUUCGUCGACCUACCCUCUAGGCAUUCAUCUACUGUCGAUGCAUCAAUCAGACCUCUUGUGGGAGAAUCUGCUUCGAGACCUUCGACAAGUGUAUACAGAGUUCCAAGCAUGGUGGACGAGGUGUUGGCAGCCAACCGUCCCGCGGGCAGCGAGUCUGGACCUCCAGACGUAGCAACAAGAGAAGGGGCACACGAUGUGAUUAGUCUGCGGAGACUUUCUCAAAUGUCAACUGCCGGUCGGAAGGAUGUUGAGUUGAGGCAGUUAUCGACGACAGGAGAGAGUCGACGCGACAGUCGUAACAGUCGCAAUACCCACAACAGCCGCAAUGACGAAUGUUGCUGUAGCUACUGCACACAACCAUGUGAGCAGUACUGUCCGACUUGCAUCUUGUUAUAAGUUUGAUCCUUCGGCUUUUGGCGUCAUCAUUUAAGGCCGCAAGAUUCUUCUUUCCCACCCAUUUCUUACGCCGUGGUUGAUUGGACAACCUUACUACCCAGCAGCCCAGGAUUGUUCUUUGUCUUUCUAGCGUCUAGUUUUAUCUCGCUGUAGAUUCCAGCGAUCGAUUUUGAUCAAGGGCCUAUGGAGAUAGAGAUACCCAGU